AUCUCGCUUACUUUGGAGGACGUUGCGGCCGUCAGAGAGUUUUAUAAAUAAUGUGUGCGGUUAUUUUAGUUUCAUUUUAAUAAAUAAGCCUUUUGAAACGAUAUAAUAACACAAACAUUAUUUGAAUUUAUGUGAAUAUUCAAGUUGUGCUGUACUGUGUAGCAAGGCAUAUUUGCCAGGUUGAUUUUCCUUCGGAAUUCGGUCAGAGAAAGUGGGCACUUAGAAAUUAUUUACUUAAAAGAUGAAUAACAUAAAAUUCCUUCGUUUAUUGAGUAGAACACGAUCAGUAUGGGCCGGCUACGACAAACAUCCGUGUUUCUUACAACUGUCGGCCACGAGAACUAUGCAAACGGGUGUGUCUAUAUCUCAAAUCAUGAAGGAGAAGGAGGUGUUCCAUGACGUACUGCCUGGUAUCAUUGAGAACUUGCAGGCUAGCACUAAGAUAUCUCAACAGCCUGAAGUGGCUGGCUGGGUUAAGCAGGUGCUAGAACACAAUUUGUCCGGCGGCAAGCAUUCAAGGGGAUUAAUUACGAUGUUAUCAUACGAAAUGCUGGAGAAACCAGAAAGCAUCACCGAUGAAAAACUCAAGCUGUCUCGAGUACUAGGAUGGUGUGUCGAAAUGCUUCAAGCGUACUUCAUAGUAGCGGACGAUAUAAUGGACGGGUCGACGACACGGCGCGGCAUGCCAUGCUGGUACAGGAUGCCGAACGUAGGGCUCGGCGCCAUCAACGACUCCAUACUGAUUUACUGCUCUAUUAUGGAAACAUUGGACACUUACCUCGGGAAGACACCUCACUUCGUUAAUGUUGUUAAACUUUUUAAUGAGGCGCUAACAUACACCUCAAUGGGCCAACACCUGGACUACACAACGGCGAACCACAAGAAAGACUACAGUCUUUUCACAGUAGACCGUUACGCGUCUAUUGUGAAGUACAAGACUAGUUGCUACACGUUCCGGUUGCCCAUACUGUUGGGGCUGUCUCUAGUCCAAGAUGUAGACAAAGCUAUAUACCCCGAUGUCAACGACAUUUGUAUGAAGCUUGGCCAUCUGUUUCAAAUGCAGGAUGACUAUAUCGACUGUUACGGUGACGAGACAAUAACAGGCAAGGCGGGGACAGAUAUCCAAGAAGGUAAGUGCUCAUGGCUAGCUGUCACAGCGUUAAAGCACUGCAACGAAGCACAGAGGGCGAUGUUCGCUCAGUACUACGGCAGGAAGGAACCAGAACACGUCGCGAUCAUCAAACGACUCUACGACGAACUUCGACUACCAGAAAUAUACCGUGAAGAAGAAACCUUAGUAUAUGAUAAUAUAAUGAACAAAGUACGUUCAUUACCUUCAGAAACAGCCCCCGUAUUCUUCUAUAAACUCAUAGAUAGGAUUUAUAAAAGAAAACAUUAAUAGUUUUGUAGAUGGCAGUAUAAUCGCUGGUACUAGUCACUGCCAAUAAAAAAGUUAUGUUUGACAGCUGUCAAUGUUAAGAUGUCACGUGGUGUGAAGUUAUAGUGACGUCAUACUCUCAUUGUUAUUCAGAUUGUGACUGAAUUUAAUAUUUUAUAAUGUGUUUGUAAAACAAACUUGAUCUUUUUAAUACAAAUAUGAUUAUUUCGUGAAGGUUAGAAGAAAUACGAGUUUUUUAUACCAAAAAUGAUAUUUCUUUUCCUCAACUUUUCCAUGCAUGUGCUCAAUUUGUUUUUUAAAUAAUAAUAAGUGUAUAUCAUAAUGUUUCGGAUCAAGUUUGCUUUGCACCAAAAACAUAACAUACAUUAGAUAAGUUUAUAUUUAUAUCUAGAAGUUUCGUGUUCUUAAUUAAUAUUAAAUUGUUU